UUUCUAACAACAUGGCGGACAUGAAAUCAGUUGUUGUGCAUCAAGAUUUGCACUUCGUGGGUUAAUUUAAAUAACAAAACAUAGCACUUUUUCACUAGUGAAUUGUUUAAAUCAAUCUAUGCGCUAUAUGUUAUAGUAGAAAUUUGUGACCGUGGUUAUUUCUUCGCCCCUGUGAUGUGAUUUUAGUUACUGGGCGAGUUGUAAGAGAGAAAUUCUGGUCACUGUUGUGGUCUUUCACUUGGUAACUGGUCAAUAGUACUAUGCCGCGGCGCGGGACAGAGGCCGUGCAGCCGCCGGAGCCCCCUAAAAAGAAACCUAAAGUGGUUUUAGAGCAGCUUUCUUUGUUAUGUCCGAGCUUGGACGCUAGUUUCACCGACGACGAAGCCUUGCCGCCUGGUAUUGUGUUUUCGGACAUACAGCAGAAGAAAUGGCGCAUUGGAAAGCCUAUAGGCCGCGGCAGCUUCGGUCGCAUCUACCUGGCGUCAGACAAUGUGGACAAGGAAGUCACUAAGCUGAACGCCAACUAUGUGGUCAAGAUAGAGCCUCACUCCAACGGACCGCUGUUUGUGGAAGUACAUUGCUUGAUCCGUACUUCUCAGGUGGCAAAAAUAAAAGCAUGGCGUCAGCAAAACAAACAGAAACGCAUUGGCAUGCCAGUUUACAUUGCAAGUGGGUCGUUCAUAGACAAAAAGACUGGCAUGAAAUACAGGUUCCUUGUCCUACCACGCUACGACAUAGACUUGCACAAAAUCAUUGCUCGGACCAAAGUACUGGACUUGAAGAAUGUCUUAGUACUAGCUCUGCAGAUACUAGAUGUAUUAGAGUACCUACACAAUCAGGGAUACACACAUUCGGAUAUAAAAAGCUCAAAUCUCAUGCUUGGAUUUGAAGGUGGCAAAAUAAAUAAGUUCCCUAUGGCAAAAACUUCACAAUCUUUUGAAAAAGAAACAAAAGAAGUAGCAGUGCUGUCAGGAAAGCACAGGAGGGUUAAGAGUGGGAAGGCGCGGGCUUCCAACUAUUAUGAUGAUGAGGACUAUGUGAUUAAAGACUCUAAAGGCUUAGAUCUUAACAAUAGUUGUGAUGAGAGAAGACUGGCCAGUGUUAAACAGCUAAGGAAAAUACUGAAUGAUAGGGACAGUAGGACUUUACAUAGGCAUCAUGCCUUCAAUCUCAGGCAACUCUCUAGUUAUGUCAACUAUGAGGACAUGACUAGCUCAGUUUGCUCGGAUCAGUCAUACCAGAAGUUGCUUGAUGAUUUCGGCAAUAAAAAGCUCAUAAGAACUACAGCAGAGUUCUUUGAAGACACGAAAAAGAAGAAAACGGACACAGCUAAUGAUGACGAUAUACAUAAAGAAGCGAUUCUGUCACAGUCAAAUAGGCAGAUUUACUUACUGGAUUAUGGUUUGGCUUCAAAGUUCCUAGAUUCCGAAGGCAAGCAUAAAGAUUUUGGCAUGGAUGCGAGGAAAGCUCAUGAUGGGACAUUAGAAUACAGCUCCAGGGAUUCUCAUAUUGGAGCCCAUUCUAGAAGGUCUGACCUUGAGACACUCGGCUACAAUCUGAUUGACUGGCUAACAGGUUCCUUGCCUUGGAAGACUACAGAAGUUCUUGCUGAACCCGACUUAGUCCAUGCCUUGAAGAAAAACUACAUGAGCGAUAUCAAGUCCUUCUUAAAAACCAGUUUCAAAACAGAGUUGUAUCCCCAAUUCAUGGAGAAAUACUUGGAAUACGUCACCAGCUUAGAGUUCACUGAGAAGCCUGAUUAUGACCACUGCAGAAGUCUUUUCAAGAGUGAAUUGAUGAAGAAUGCAGACAAAGAAGUGUCUUUGAAGCUAGCUGAACCUCCAAAUUCACCAAUGGGUCGCAAAUGGGUUGGAAAUUCGAGAAGAUUUGGCAGGAAAAAUACUCCAGUAGAUUUCUUAGGGAGAAAUGGGAUCAAGAAAAGUUUUGAAAGAGAGAACGUUUGCUCACUUGAAAAUGACCUGAAGUUGGAACUGUUGAAGCAAACUAUCAAUAUAUCCAGUGAAGGUAUAAGAAAGCCGUGCACUUCAAGAAACUUCUUUGUGUCUGAUGCAGAUUUGAUCGCGCGCCUGAAAAAGUCGCUGAUGCCUCAUGAUAUUUUGGGCAAAAAAUUAUCCCCGAAAAACUUACGUUCAAAGAAAAAAGUGCAGAAACGCAGGGGAAAAAGAACGCACAGAAGUAGCAUUGGGAAGUUUGGUAAUUUCAUGGGUUCCGCCAAACAGUUUACUUGGGCAGAAAUUUUAGCUCAAAACCCAGAGGAUAUUAUUCGUAAGGAACGUAACACAUCUAACAGUGAUGAAGAUGAUGACGAGGAUACCUGCAAAUACAGGAUCAGGAAGCUCUCAGAUGCGUCCUCAGAAGGAAGUGACUCCUUACAGUCCCCGCUGAUGCAGAAAGAUUACUUGCAAGGCGUCAAAUGGACACCAGCUAUGAAAGAAGUCUUAGCUAACUUUAAGAGAAGGCUUGCAGGCAAAGCUAAAGAAUCUGAAGAGAUACCGGAAGAACUCCAAGGUUACACUCCAGCUAUGGUUAAAAUACACAUGAUUAAAGAAAAGAGGGAAGCGAGAGAGAUGCAAGAAGCAAAACAAGUUGUAGAAGUUCCUUCAGACCCGGUUACAAGAACAACCAGGUCAAUGAGAAAGAAAGUGGAAAAACCGAAGACUGAAGCAAAGACUAGAAGGAAUAAGAGUAGCGUUGAUAGCGUUAAGAUUAAGGAAGUUAAAGUUGCUGUUGAGAAGUUGGAUGUGAAGAAGAUUGAGCCUAAAACGAAGUCAAAGGCUAAGAAGAAGGAAGUUAAGAUCGUUGAGCGCCCAAAGUCUCCUGCUAGCAAGAUUAAAAGGUCAUCACCAAGCAGAUCAACAAAAUCUACAAGAACCAGAGACACCAUCGUUCCUAACAACAGACGCCGCCUGCGUAGCAGCAAGCGCUCCGCUUGACGGUGCGACUGUUGUCCCGUGUCACUCCAAUCAACCGCCUUAAAAUAAAAUAAUAGCCCAUUUAAAUAGAGACAUACCAAGUUGACAGCCAUGCUAGUGUUAUUUUCAAUAUCAAACUUCACCCCUUGCACAGGCGGAGCUAUCAAAUAAGCUAGGUAUGACUCUAUUAGGAAUACAGACUCGUACAUUACUGCAAAAUGAAGCUCUAAAGAUAGUGUUCUAAGUGAAAUAACUAUCCGCUGGAUGUCAUACUGAACCGUAUAGCAAUAAUAAUUAAUUCUAUUGCACUAUUGUACGCGUCUUUUAUUCUAUUCUUUAAUCCUCUGCUAUGUAUGUACACAUUUUUUAGGCAUCGGCAAACAAAAGGUCAACAUAACCUAUACAUUAUUUUGAGGUUAUAAAAAGUGCCGGCUAAAUUUAUAUUUGUUUUUUUUUAUCCGCUUGUGGCUUUAGAUCUUCUCUAAAAUUAUAUUAUGUACAUUUUUAGCAGAGCUGACCGUAAAAUAUCAAUUGAUUUUAACAAAAUACACAUUUUUCUGUUUUCGGCAGACAAAAGGUCAACAUAACCUAUAAACUAUUUUGAGGUUAUAAAAUGUUUUUCAAAAUUUAUAUUAUGUACAUUCAUAGCAGAGCUGACCAUAAAUUAAAAUAUCAAUUGAUUUGACAAACUUGCCUAUUUGACUAUCAGAUAUUAGUGGACCUUUCGAAUUUUUAUAUAUAUUGCUGUUCGUUUGUAAGAUGUCUGUGAUUGUUUUUUAUUACAUUCGAUAUUCGUAUCUAGAAACUUUGACUUGGGCCGUAGUUAAUAUUCAACUUAUGUAAGUAUAAUUUCGUGUAUGUUUUCAAGCUUUUGUAAUUUCUUGUAGAAAUAUAAUGAUUUUGUUAUAAGAAUA